AGCAGCCAUUUUGAAGUUCUUUGUGGGGCUUUCUAGCUUGCGAUGGACAACCAAGAUGCACAGGAGCUCUUGCGGGUGGAAUCCCGCGCUGAGGCACCGGCUUCACGCCGUUGGCCAACGCUGCUGAAGGUGGCUGUCAGUGCUUCGCUGGUGCUGGUGCUCUUCCUUGUUCUCAGGGUGCCAGCGAAGGGUGUGUCAUCCAGAAGCCUUGAUUUCAUCUCCGAAAGCAGUGAACUCCAAAUUGAUGGCGCCAAGGGCAAAGAUAAGGACAUGGUGGAACAAAUGCAGAAGGGCUUCGCGGCCAUGUCCGACAUGUUCGGGCUUGGAGACAAGAAGAAGACCAAGUCCUUCAAGGGCUUCAAGGGAAACCCGCUGGAGGCGGCCAAGGAGUCAAUGCAGAAAGCGGAAGCCGCCAUGAUGAAGACCUUCAAGGACCUCCAGAAGAAGGGCCCGAAGAUGCAGUCGAAGAACUUCAUGUCUCCCAAAAGCUGGGAGAAGAAGAACAAGGAGACCGCGGACAAGCUGAAGGGCGCCUUGAGCAGCAUCGGCAACCUCAAGAUCCCGGACCACUGGAAGAAGCUGGAGAAGGCCGACGGGAAGGCUCCCUGGGUGGCUCAGGUCAACUGAACGUGAGCGCAGAGUUUGACUCACUGGCUCUGCAUGGACAGUUUCUGCCCUCGCCAAUUCGUGGAC